AUGUCCAUCACUGUUUCAAAUGAAGUUAAUAAUAUAACUUAUGGUCCAAUCGAAGUGACUGAAGAUAUGCUUUUAAGUGAUCUAAUUGCAUUAUUACAGUAUGAUGCUGAAUUUGAUCCCGAAUCCGAAAAUUUGGUUUUUAAAGAUGAAAUUAUUGACAUUAAUUCCAAGGAAUCCCAAACUUUAGAAAAGUUAGGAUUAGUAAUAUCCCCAGAAGAACCAAACAGUAAUGAUACAACACUGCUAUUGAUUAGGGGGAAAGAUUUAGAUCCUGUCGAAAAAUUAAGAAUAUCUUUAAAGAAGAACGAAAAGACACCAGCUAUACUUAAAGAAGAAAUUUUGUUAGAUCCAUAUAAGUUUGACGAAUUUUUAAAGUUCAUUCAACUUACUAAUAAGACUGGUCAACCGUUGGCCUCAAUUUUACGCGAUAACUCUAAAUUAGAAGAAUUUGCAUACCAAAGAAUUAUUGAUGAACAAAUGGCUCAUGCAUUAGAAUACACACCGGAGGUGUUUACACCAGUAACCAUGUUAUUUAUUAAUUUGGAAAUCAAUGGUCAUCCAGUUAAAGCGUUUAUUGACUCUGGUGCACAAACCACUAUUAUUUCUACCAAGUUGGCUAAAGAAACUAAAUUGGAUAGGUUGAUUGAUAAAAGAUUUAAAGGUGAGGCCAGAGGUGUUGGUAAGGGUGAAAUUUUGGGCAAAAUUCAUAGUGCAAUGGUUAAAAUUGAAAGUCAAUUUGUUUCAUGUGCAUUUACUGUGUUGGAUACCAAUAUGGAUUUAUUGUUAGGAUUGGACAUGUUAAGAAGGCAUUUGGCAAAUAUUGAUUUGGGCAGAAAUGUUUUAAAGAUUGCUGGUAUUGAAACCCCGUUUUUAGGUGAAGCUGAUAUUCCGAAAACUGGAUUAUUUGCGCAAAAUUCAAAUCCAAACCCCUUGGAACAAGUGAAAGCGCCUCAAUUCACUAAAAUCCAAAACCCACCACAAGUAAAAAGACCAAAAAUUGAAACAAGUGUCCUUGCAGCUGAUAGGAAUGAUUCUCUUGCUUCGGAUAAAAAUGUCGAGACUGCCGAGACGACCAACACACAUUCCUUUCCUGAAGAAACAAUCAAGAACUUAGUGGCUUUAGGCUUUUCACGACAGCAAGUUAUAGAUGCUUUGAAAGCAACAAAUGGAAAUGCUGAAUACGCAGCAUCUCUAUUAUUCCAAUAA